AUGCAUUCAAAAAGCAUAUCCUUACCAAAUAUUGGUUAUACUGAUAUAUCUGGAGAAUCUACUCGAAUAAAUGAUGAAGAGCACCUAUUAUCGUCGUUGGGUAAAAUGUUGGAAUCUAGUUCCCAUAGUAAUGAAAUGCGAGUCAUUCGAGAUAACUAUUUGACAUUAGUUGAGCAAGCACCUGAAAGAAUCAUCGAAGGAUCCAAAGUGUUGCAUGGCUACAUUACCAGCCAAAAUCAACCAAAGUUUAUUACUCAUGAAUCGGUCAAACAGUUCAUCUUAAAUACACCCCCACAGAGCAUUGACAAGCUCAUAAUGGAAUAUAACGAUAAUGUUGCAACAUUGAAAAACUUCAAAGCUAUGAUAUUACAAUACACUAAAGAAGAAGAAUCGCUUGCAAAAAAAUCACUUGCGAAAACGUCGUCUCCAAAGCUGCAACCACUGUACUCAAGCGUAUUGUCGCCACCUCGUAAAUCAUCUGCAAGCAAUAAGGCGCCGAAUAAGAGACGGAAAGCCAGUUUAGGCACCGCUGACUCUGUAACCAAGGUUGAACCUACAGUUCUUGAUAUUGGUGGUAGUAUAGUUCCUCUAGAAAUUAAAAAGCAAACCCUAUAUUCAGGUUCUUCAAUCUCGCCUCUUGAUCUUGGUGCUCUAAAUCCCGACUUGAGCGUACGACAAGAGAUCCGUUGCAACCACUGCGGUUCAAAAAGCACCCCCGAAUGGAGAAAAGGUUUGGAUGGUAAUAGAACACUCUGUAAUGCUUGCGGGUUGUUUUAUUCUAAAUUAGCUAAGAAGUACAAUGCCGAAGAAGCUGCAAAGAUUAUGAGAGAACGGAAAGAAACAGGUUCAGUAAAUAAUAGAAGAAUUAAAUAA